AUGCAAAAUUAUCAUUUAUCAAAUGAUGAUUGUAAAGUGAAGGAACAUUUUUUGCUACGAGCAGAAAAAUCAAUUUAUGAAGGUGAACCAAUGUCAGAUGAUGAUGUUGAAGCUGAAUGUCGUUUAUGGGCACGAACUUUACCUCAUUUAAGAGUAUGCGGUAAAAGUAUCAGCAAAUGUUGUAAUGAUGAAAUGAAAUUGAUGAAAACAAAUACAAUCAACAAUAAUUGUUUAAUAACAAAUUUUCUAUAUGAUCCAUUUUUGGAUGUAUUUAAUAUGGAAUUAAAACGAAAGAAAUUACAAUCAGAUGCACUGGUCAACAAGAUGCAUGAAGAAAAGGUCAAAACAAGAAAGCACUUUACCCUACCGUCCAUUUCUAGCGGUCAUCAAAAUCGUUUGUCACAUCUCAGUUUAAAAUAA